GAUGGAGGCUCCUCCACAGGGCGGGAAGCCCAGGAGCCCGGAGAGGACGCUCCGCAGAGGUGGGCAGCGCGGCAGGGGCCCCGGGAGACUGACCGGUCUCCAGGUCCCUCGACCGGACUUUCCUGUGUCACCGCCGCAGGCGGGCCACGGAGCUCCAGGAGGGGGACCGUGAAGACUCGGAUGAAGAACGGGCUCCGAGGCAGCAAGUGAAACCUUGGGUGGCCUUCAGAAGAGAACACAGUAAACACCAGAACGCAACAUCCAAGGUGCCAUUAAGCAAGGAAUAUAGUUUGAAGGAAUUGUCAGGAACAGCAAAUUGGAUGACUGCAAAUGACUCAGAACAUGCCCAGAAACCAAUGUCCCCUCCUGGAGAAGCAUGUCCCUUUGAAAAGCACACUACACAAAAAUUGGAACCCAGGAAAAAGGAGAUGGACAUGAAGGUGUGCAUCCUACAAGAAAGAAAGGGCCAUGUGUACCAAGAGGUCAACGAGCCCCAGGAUGAUGACUACCUUUAUUGUGAGAAGUGUCAGAACUUCUUCAUCAACAGCUGUGCUGUGCAUGGGCCACCUACAUUUGUAAAGGACACUGCAGUGGACAAGGGGCAUCCCCACCGCUCAGCCCUCACCCUGCCCCCUGGGUUGAGAAUCGGGCCAUCAUGCAUCCCUGAGGCUGGGCUUGGAGUGUGGAAUGAGGCAGCAGACUUGCCAGUGGGUCUGCACUUUGGCCCUUAUGAAGGACACAUCACAGAAGAUGGAGAGGCAGCCAAGAGCAGAUACUCCUGGCUGAUCACCAAAGGGAGAAACUGCUAUGAGUAUGUGGAUGGAAAAGACAGAUCCUGGGCCAACUGGAUGAGGUAUGUGAACUGUGCCCGGGAUGAUGAAGAGCAGAACCUGGUGGCCUUUCAAUACCAAAGGCAGAUUUUCUACCGAACCUGCCGGGUCAUCAGUCCGGGCUGUGAGCUGCUGGUCUGGUUUGGGGACGAGUAUGGCCAGGAGCUGAGCAGCAAGUGGGGCAGCAAGUGGAAGAGAGAGCUCGUGGCCAGGACAGCAGAACCAACGCCAGAGGUGCACCCAUGUCCCUCUUGCUCUCUGGCCUUCUCCAGUCAGAAAUUCCUCAGCCAACAUGUGAAACUCAGUCAUCCCUCCCAGAUUCUCCCGGGAACAUCUGCAAGAAAACACCUCCAAGCAGAGGAACCUUGUCCAGAGGAUCAGAAUCAGCAGCAGCAACAUACUGGUACACACAGCUGGAAUGAUAAAGCUGAAGGUCAAGAGGUCAAAGAAAGGUCCAAACCUUUGUUUAAAAGAAUCAGUCAGAGGAGAAUCUCAAGACUCUUUUUCCAAACUUCCAAAGAACGAAUGAGGACCUCUAGUGAGCAUGAGAGAAUGAUGGAGGAAGAGCCCUGCAGAGGCCAGAAAGAGAGUCCAGAGGACACAGGCAAGGUAUUUGUGAAAGAUGGGAUGUCAAAAAUUGUAACAACCCAGCAUGGAGGGUGUUGGCAAGGCUUCAGUGAUGGGUCACAUCUCAUCACACACCAGAGGACACACUCAGGGGAGAAGCCCUAUGUUUGCAGGGAGUGUGGGAGAGGAUUUACACGGAAGUCAAAUCUCAUCAGACAUCAGAGGACACACUCAGGGGAGAAGCCCUAUGUUUGCAGGGAGUGCGGACGAGGCUUUACACAGAAGUCAGAUCUCAUCACACACCAGAGGACACACUCAGGGGAGAAGCCCUAUGUUUGCAGGGAGUGCAAGCGAGGCUUUACACAGAAGUCAGGUCUCAUCAGACACCAGAGGACACACUCAGGGGAGAAGCCCUAUGUUUGCAGGGAGUGUGGGCGAGGCUUUACCUGGAAGUCACAUCUCAUCACACACCAGAGGACACACUCUGGGGAGAAACCCUAUGUUUGCAGGGAGUGCAAGCGAGGCUUUACGCAGAAAUCAAGUCUCAUCGCACACCAGAGGACACACUCAGGGGAGAAGCCCUAUGUUUGCAAGGAGUGCAAGCGAGGCUUUACACAGAAGUCAGGUCUCAUCACACACCAGAGGACACACUCUGGGGAGAAGCCCUAUGUUUGCAGGGAGUGCAAGCGAGGCUUUACAUACAAGUCAGGUCUCAUCAUACACCAGAGGACACACUCUGGGGAGAAGCCCUAUGUUUGCAGGGAGUGCAAGCGAGGCUUUACAUACAAGUCAGUUCUCAUCACACACCAGAGGACACACUCUGGGGAGAAGCCCUAUGUUUGCAGGGAAUGCAAGCGAGGUUUUACCUGGAAGUCAGUUCUCAUCACACACCAGAGGACACACUCAGGGGAGAAGCCCUAUAUUUGCAGGGAGUGUGGGCGAGGCUUUACCUGGAAGUCAGUUCUCAUCACACACCAGAGGACACACUCUGGGGAGAAGCCCUAUAUUUGCAGGGAGUGUGGGCGAGGCUUUACACGGAAGUCACAUCUCAUCAGACAUCAGAGGACACACUCAGGGGAGAAACCCUAUGUUUGCAGGGAGUGCAAGCGAGGCUUUACCUGGAAGUCAGAUCUCAUCACACACCAGAGGACACACUCAGGGGAGAAGCCCUAUGUUUGCAGGGAGUGUGGGCGAGGCUUUACACAGAAGUCAAAUCUCCUCAGACACCAGAGGACACACUCUGGGGAGAAUCCUUAUGUUUGCAGGGAGUGUGGGCGAGGCUUUACAUACAAGUCAGGUCUUAUUACACACCAGAGGACACACUCUGGGGAGAAACCCUAUGUUUGCAGGGAGUGCAAGCGAGGCUUUACAUGCAAGUCAAAUCUCAUCACACACCAAAGGACACACUCUGGGGAGAAGCCCUAUGUUUGCAGGGAGUGUGGGCGAGGCUUUACACAGAAGUCAGGUCUCAUCACACACGAGAGGACACACUCUGGAGAGAAGCCCUAUGUUUGCAGGGAGUGUGGGCAAAGCUUUACACGGAAGUCACAUCUCAUCCCACACCAGAGGACACACUCUGGGGAGAAGACCUAUGUUUGCAGGGAAUGCAAACGAGGCUUUACAUGCAAGUUAGAUCUCAUGAGACACCAGAGGACACACUCAGGGGAGAAGACCUAUGUUUGCACAUUGACUGAAUGAGUCAUUAGCAUUAAAUUGCAUAUCAACAGCCAUAGGAAGUCUGUGGCCCCUUACUUUCCCCAAGAUUGUAACUACAGAAGUAACUGAUUAAACAAACCCUCCAGUCUCAUGAUAAGAGAUGAGAUGGACAAAUAGUUCCAUGAGUAAUAUGGGGAUAUCAGCACCAAUCUCUUUCACGGUUUUUUGAUGGCCUUUCUAAAGAGUUUUGUCUCCAUACAAAUAUGAAGCCCACAUCCCUCAUUCCCCCAUCACUGAAAGCAGAGUUUGGGAAGACCCAAAAAGAACUCCUACUCUCAGCCACAGAAAUUCAACCCCUGCAGAUCGGUGAGCCUGGAGUCAGUCUACUUUGGUUACUGCCCAGAGACAGGGAUUUGAGACAGACUCACCAGAGAAGGGUAUUCCCCCUGACUCCUGGGAAGUGGGGCCUUUUCUCUUAAUAGGCUCCCUACCCUCCUCCCUUGGCUUCUCUUGGCUCUCCUAGUUUCCUGCAACCUCCGGAGCCUCAGGGGUGAACGGCAGGGAGGGAUGUAUGCUUGUGCACAGAUGUGAGCCUGGCUCAGUCUGGGCACCUGGUCUUCCUCACUCUCCUUGCUGCCCCUUCAGGAUCAGCAUUUCCUGGUGCACAGCAUACAGAUUCCACAUCAGUCCACAGUGGGUGUAAGACAAGAUUCUCAACUUCUCUGCCUGAUUCCUAGCCUGUACACUGGAAAUGGGAACUCCAGCCUUUCAGUUUGACAUUCCAAGUUGAGUGAGCACAGACAGAAUCUGGCGAGUGAAUCGCUGAGAUCACAAGUCCUGAACAGCCAUCAGUGCCCUUGUCUUCUGGGUCUUUAGCACUGGACAAAGGAAGAUAAGGACAGGGUAGGGGGCUGUAGCCAAAUUCACAGUUUGAGCAGACCCCACUGCUUUCCCCACAUAGACUCAACUGCCCUGAGAGGUAGGUGUGAGGUGGAGGAUGUGCCUUCCUCCAGAUUACCACCCUCUCACUGAGCUUGUGCACCCUCAGUGCCUCCUCAACAUAGGCGGGUGGUACUGAAAAUACCCUGUGAAACAAGACCCUCACCCACCCCUUGCUGAGAAAUGACACUGGGAGCAACAUCUGCCCGCACUGGUGUUAGGUAGGAUAGAUGGUAAGCCAAGGCAGGGAGGAUGAGGAAGACAUGUGUCACCCACUAACUCAGCAGUCCUGAGCCUGGGCCAUUUAUAUUGCCAGAUGGUCCAGCAUCACCAGAAACCCCAUGCUAACACGUUGAAAUUCUAGGUAUCAUUUUCACUAUCUGGGAAAGAAAAGCUUUCAAACUAUUCAUCCCAAGGCCUAGAAGAUGGGAGGGGGUCCACAGCAUUCAAGGUAAGGGCCCAUAAAACAAAAUUGGCUAACUGUAUGCCUCUGUCCACUAUCUGUUUUAUGAAGCGUCCCUAAUGUUUACAGAAAGCCUAUAGAUAACUUUGGGUGACUGCUUUAACUUUAACUGUCUCCUGUCUCAUAUCUAUUUGACAAGAUGACCAAAUGGGGUCUGAAGCCAGAUAAGGAUUUGGGCUACUGACCCCCACACAUACCUACGUUUGAGUGGUCUCAUCCCCUGUGGAAGCUGGCACCUGUCAAUCAAUAUGUAAGUUCUUUGCCCCCAUCCCAUGAACUAUAUAAGUCCUCAGGACAAAGGACCUGGUGCUCUUGCCACCCAACUUCUUGCCUUUUACUCCCGUCUCAGCAAGACCUGUCCUCUUCCAUGAGAACGUAUCACUAACAAACCCUGUUUGCACGCUAAUACACUUGCUGAUCUGUAGUCCUUUACUGCAUUGGCAAGAAGAACCGAGUUUCUUCUGUGACAAGUGCACCCAGUCUGCAUAUGGCGUUCAUGAAGCCUGCAACACAGGAGCUUCCGUAAUGCACUCUCCUUGUACCUGGGUCCCAAGGGCUGAAUACACCACUGACACCAUCUUGAAAUUAGUACCUACUGUAUCUUUACACUUUUGUUUGUGAGGUCAAGACUGAUGGGAUAAUGGACAUGCACAGUGUUCAUUCCUGGCCACCCCUUCCCAGAUAUUGUCCACAAUGGCCCAAGAGGACAAAAUUCCAGUGGGCCCAAUGGUGGGAGUCCAGUGAGACUGAAGGUGAGAACGGGGUAAACAUCUACAUCUGCAUAAGCAUAAGGAAGGGUGCUAACAGAUCCCAGAGGUCACACUUUUCUUAGAACCAGAGCUGAAUUCAAUACACAGAGAUGGCAAUUAGCAAGGAUCCCAUCAUACCCUCUCCUGCAUGAGGGACACGACCUAAGCAUGACCCACCCUGUUCCUGCUGGGGUGGAUUCACCAAAAGGGGAUACCCACCCCCAUGACCAGGAACAAUGAUCUUUCUGUCCUACCAGUGCCAGGCUUGUGAAGAAGAGUGUCUACAUAAACUAUGUGGAUUUCAA